AGGGUAAAAAACUGCAAGUUUAGAGUGUUAACACUCUUUUUUCCAAACUUGCAGUGUCCCCAACGGCGUCGUUUAUAUAACCUGUGCAGCAGCAUAUACAUAUUCGUAUUCGUCAUCUAUCUGCGGCUCGUAUACAGCGAUCAAGGGUUUGAAGAAAUGGCAUUGAGGCAAUUGUUAUCAUCGAAUCGAAACCUACCUUCAAAUUUGGCUACAUUCUUUGCUAGAUAUUCUUCGAAAUCGAGUCCUUACCAUGUGAAAGUUGGUAUACCGGAGUUCUUGAACGGUAUAGGAAAUGGCGUUGAGACUUAUGCGGAAAAGCUCGAAUCGGAGUUUGGGGAUUUGCAGAAUCUGUUGGUUGCUAGGUCUAUGAAGCUGAAGAAGAUCAACGUAGGAGGUGAUCCCAAAGUUUGCAAACAUAGAAAGCUGAUAUUGAAGUAUGCACACAAAUACAGGCUGGGACUUUGGAGGCCUCGAAUCGAACCUCCAAAAUCCAAAAAGUGAGAGGCGGCAGGAUUUUAGCAAAGCCCUGUUAAGGACUAAUCAAGACUUUUAAGACUUAAGCUCAACUGGUCAUAUAAUUUGGUCACUUCUGCAGAAAAGACUUGUAUGGUUAUCUUUAUGUUCCUAUCUGUUUUUGUUUGAUUAAUAAAUCGAAUCAGAAUGAUAGAGUUAAUUACAUAAAUGCUCCAUGUGGUAUAUUCAUUGUUUAUGUUUGGGCC